ACAUAACAUCCAAUGAUCACGAUUCACUGGCAAAGACAGACAUUACGCGAGCCGGCGCCGACGCCGACGUACUGGCGAUCGAUCGAGCGCGACAAUUUUUGGUGGCCAAAUUGUUACGAAAUGUUUGCAAAUCGAAAUGGGUAACGUGCAGUGUUACAAUGACGAAAAAAAAGUGAAAAAUAAACGAAACAACGUCAAAACCGACUGUGCGGACACGACGCCAACAAUGGGCGCGAUUAAAGGCGAAAGUCAUUUAACGAAUAACAACCAAAAAGCGGAUGUCAAAAAAGAAUAUAUCCUUGGGCGCGAUAGCGUAGACUUCGAGAGUACGAAAAUAGAGCCAGAUAAAUGUGUGUUAAAAGAUCUGGCGAAUGGAUAUUGUGAGGUUUCGCCUUUAAACUCACUUCAUAAUAAUAAUAUGAAGCAAGAUGAAGUGCCUCAAGGUAUGGACGUACCGAAGAAGGAUUGUUACACUUAUCGAAGCUCAACUACGAAUUAUUCUUCUAAUCCCUCGAACGAUCAGCCUCAUUCAACUUUCAACACCAUCACAAACCAGCGACUGCAAAGUUCAUCACAACGAGCCAGUUCAUUGAAGUCACAUUUAUCCGAAUUAAAGAGUUCAAUAUCAGAAAUGAAAAACCUAAGCAACACUAACAGUCUGGAAUUUGGGCAAAGAUUUAAGAAAUCCAUGGAAGACAUCUUAGAAAAGGAUAAAAUAAAUGAAAAGACAUCUAUUAAGAAUGAUUAUAAAAAUAUAAAAGUAAACAGACUAAACAAUAUAAGCGAACCAUAUACUAAACUAUCUCAAAAAUACUUGAACGGUAGAGAGAAUGAUUUAAUAUAUAGUGCAGCUCGAACCACAUCAGCCAGCUCCUCAAGCCUUAUAACGGAUGGGUUUAGUGCUUCGAAAUCGGCAGCAAAUAGUUCUCGGUCCAGACAAAUGCAACACGGGGACGUUUUGUACUCUGACCAAAGUGCCGUCGGUGCAACGAAACGGCUUCUGCAGGCUGAAAGCCUCACUGCUGAACAAAACUCUGCAUAUCAGCAAGAAAGGCGGACGCUUCAGACAGCUGAAAUUAACACCCAACAAAUGAAUAAUGUGUCAACCAGCUCUUCCCGGCUGCACACCGAUGCAUUCAGCGCGGAGAGAACAGGCACGGCUACUUCACAAGCCAGACAAACAGUCAGUUCCAGUGGUAUAUACAGUCGCAAGGAACAUGCCAGUGUAGCACAUUCCAACAUGUCUUUAUCGAGUAAAAACAUUUCAACAUCAUCAGUACUGUCGUCACAGAUUGAUGACAUUUUGAACGGAACCAACAAACCGAAUAGCUGUGAUCUACUGAGUUUAAACUUUGAGGAUCUCGAAGAACUAAACUGCCAUUCAAGUCAGAAAGAUAUUGAAAUAGCAAUUGAAAAUUAUAAAAAAAGAAUGUGCGCUUUUAUAACUGCAAUCAAACACGAAGACAUGGACACUAAUACGGCAUCGUUGCAAUAUAACAAAAUAAAUGAGAUGCUUAGAAGGGCGUGGGCUGUACCAACACACGGGCACGAACUAGGAAAUUCAUUAUGCAAUACAUUGCGUACUUCUGGCGGCCUUGAUGUUCUGAUGGAAAAUUGUAUGGAAUCUAAAAACCCAGAGCGGCAAUUCGCCUCAGCUAAAAUUCUCGAGCAAUGCCUUACCACCGAAAACAGAGAGUAUGUAGUGAAAAAUGGCUUAGGAAAGGUUGUAAAUGCAGUUGUAUCUGUGUGCACAAAAAAUGCGAACUUAGUAGAGUACUCAAGAGUAGGCACUGGAAUUUUACAACAUUUAUUUAAACACAGCGAAGCAACGUGUAGUGACGUCAUUAAAUUAGGAGGAUUGGAUGCAGUCUUAUUUGAAUGUAGGAAAAAUGACAUCGAGACGUUAAGGCACUGCGCAACAGCCUUAGCCAACCUUUCGCUGUAUGGUGGUGCUGAAAAUCAAGAAGCUAUGAUCAAAAAAAAAGUUCCUAUGUGGUUAUUUCCUUUAGCGUUCCACCACGACGACAAUAUUAAAUACUACGCAUGUUUAGCUAUUGCUGUUUUAGUUGCCAAUAAAGAAAUUGAAGCUGCUGUUCUAAAAUCAGGCACAUUGGAGCUCGUGGAGCCGUUCGUCACAUCACAUAAUCCAUCCGAGUUUGCUCGGUCAAACCUCGCACAUGCUCAUGGACAAAGUAAAGCGUGGUUGCAAAAACUAGUGCCUGUUCUAAGUUCUAAACGAGAGGAGGCACGAAACCUGGCAGCUUUUCAUUUUUGCAUGGAGGCAGGUAUUAAGAAGCAACAGUGUAAAACGGAAAUAUUCAGAGAAAUUGGCGCAAUAGAGCCUCUAAAAAAAGUGGCCAGUUGUCCUAAUGCUAUUGCAUCUAAGUUUGCUGCACAAACAUUAAGAUUUAUAGGUGAAGAAGUACCGCACAAGCUAUCACAGCAAGUGCCACUUUGGUCGAUUGAAGAUGUAAAGGAGUGGGUUAAACAAAUAGGAUUCAUUGAAUAUGCCAAUGAGUUUUACGAGAGUAAGGUAGAUGGCGAUCUACUAUUACAAAUUACAGAAGAGAACCUGCGAGACGAUAUUGGACUGACUAAUGGAAUCAAACGUAAAAGAUUUGCAAGAGAAUUACAACAGUUGAAAAAAAUGGCAGAUUACAGCUUGCGAGAUACGUGUAGUCUUCAUGAAUUUCUGCAAAGCAUUGGGCCCGAGUAUACUAUUUACACUUAUUCGAUGUUAAAUGCUGGUGUAGACAAGAAAUCUAUUUUUGGUUUGAGUGACGAACAACUUGAAAAUGAGUGCUACAUAAAGAACAGUAUACAUAGAUUAAGAAUAUUGAAUGCUAUUAGAGAUUAUGAAAGUCGUUUACCAAGUUUAGAAGAAGAUAAUAUGGUAAAAAACUUAGAUGUUUUUAUAAGUUACCGAAGAUCAAAUGGCUCACAAUUAGCAAGUUUACUUAAAGUCCAUUUAAAUUUACGUGGCUUUACCAUUUUCAUUGAUGUAGAAAGGCUAGAGGCUGGAAAAUUUGAGAAUUUGCUCCAGAGCAUUAGACAAGCUAAACAUUUUUUGUUAGUUCUCACUCCAAAUGCUCUAGACAAAUGCAUGCAUGAUUCGGAACAGAAGGAUUGGUUACAUCGUGAAAUCGUCGCAGCCUUGCAGUCGCAAUGCAAUAUCGUCCCAAUAAUCGACAACUUUGAAUUUCCUGAGCCGGAGGAGUUGCCAGAGGAUAUGAGAGCUGUGUGUCAUUUCAAUGCAGUCAGAUGGAUCCAUGACUAUCAGGAUGCAUGUGUUGAAAAACUGGAAAGUUUUCUCCGAGGCAAGUCAAAUCUGGCUACAAGGCUGGAAGGAUCUCUUAGAGGACCAGUAUCCAUCCAGAGUCCAUGUGCGGUGUUAAAUAGGGGUCCCCCAAACUUUCAACAAAAUAUGCAGUUAACAGAAAGUGACCCAUUUGAUAAAUGAACCCCAUAUCUUACUUAUCACAUUUCUGAGUAUAAGAGCUUGCAGAUAUGCAUCCGAUAACUUGAAUUUUAUUACAAUUAGGGUUUAAAAUGUCAGGAACAGCCUUAUGAGACAUUUUCAUAGUUGUUAUUUUUUUUUCAAACACUAUAUUUGUAGUAUAAUAAUAAUGUACAGUGUAAAGUCUAUAUAACAUGUAUGUAUAAUGGAAAGAAGAAAAAUCUGUAUCUGUAAAAGAAAAUGUUUAAUUCAGACUAGUGAAAGUAAUUACAUUAAAAAACAAGUCUUAUUUGAACACUUUGAUUAGUCUGUUAUUGUGGUCUGAUGUAUUUUGCUGCACCAGUAAUUAAUUUGUAAUUUUUAGCUUAUUUUAUUUAUGUCUUGUGAUAUUGAGGAUAAAGCACAUACAAUCCCAAUUUGUAAACAAAAGAAUGGAUUUCUAAGAAAGUUUUAAUGUGUUUGAUGUUAAUUCGACGUAUAUAUCAUAUUUAAAUGUACCUAUAGAUAAUUUUAUUUAAGUUUAUUUAUGCAGUACAUAUUAUAGCAAUAAUUUUACUAUAGAUUAAGUUUGCUAUUCGUUAUAGCAUGGCAAAUCACUUACUCUUAAGAAUGUUUAAUGCCUUAGUGUACAGUCAUUAAAUUGGUUACAAUGUAUAUUUUUGGAUUAAACAUGUUGACAAUUUUUUUAAUCCCAAAAUAUAAAUCCCUGCAUAUUAUACAAGAUCACCAAGUACAAAAUAAGUAGAUUAAAGUGUCAUAAUACUUCUUAAGAGGCUUUAAAAAUUAAAUAUCUCAACAUCAUUAAA